GGUCCUCUGCCUCCAGAAAUCACAAGUCUCUCGUCCGCAGCCGCAGCCGCCUCGCUAGGGUUUCCUCUGCUCCCAAAUCGCGCCCAAAUCCGCCGCCGAUCCCCAACCUCACCAACCCACCCAUGGCGGCCGAGGACAAGAAGAUGAUCACGCUCAAGUCCUCGGACAAUGAGGUGUUCGAGGUGGAGGAGGCGGUGGCGAUGGAGUCGCAGACGAUCCGCCACAUGAUCGAGGACGACUGCGCCGACAACGGGAUCCCGCUCCCCAACGUCAACGCCAAGAUCCUCUCCAAGGUCAUCGAGUACUGCAGCAAGCACGUUCAGGCGGCCAAGCCCGCGGCGGCCGAUGGCGCGGCGGACGGCGCCCCCGCCCCGGCCCCAGCCGAGGACCUCAAGAACUGGGACGCUGAGUUCGUCAAGGUCGACCAGGCCACGCUCUUCGACCUCAUCCUCGCCGCCAACUACCUCAACAUCAAGGGCCUUCUCGACCUCACCUGCCAGACCGUCGCCGACAUGAUCAAGGGCAAGACCCCCGAGGAGAUCCGCAAGACCUUCAACAUCAAGAACGACUUCACCGCCGAGGAGGAGGAGGAGAUCCGCAGGGAGAACCAGUGGGCCUUCGAGUAAAUCUGCACCCUGCCGCGUUUGCUCGUCUUUUCAGCGCUGCUUUUAAUUAAUGUCGUAAUUAGUAGUAUCUUAGAGUCGAGCUCGGGUUCGUGAACAUCCUCAGUGGUUACUUAUGUCUGCAAGAAAACCUAUCUAUCUAUCUUAUCAAUCGUUGGUUCUGUUGUCA